CUAUUGGCUAUUGCCGAUUUUUGGGCCCACAAUUUGGGGAAAUUGUGAUCCCUUUAGGUCCAUAUUCUGCCUCAAGAACAUAUACUAAGUAACUAAGAGGCCAAAAUUUAGAGUUUUCUACGUCAUUUGGACAUUGAUGGGUUUUUAAAAUGAUUUUCGAGCCGGAUGAAAUCCCCAUCUGGAACGAAGCCUAGGUUGAGAAAACUCCCGCAGCGUGGCAGGUCAUGAAGGUCAACCUGUCACUGCGAAAGUAAUUGUCGGCGAAAUUUCGGCUAUGUUUUCUACCCUUAUAGGCCUCAAAAGUUAAGGUUGAAUCAACAUCACGAUGUAACUUCUUCAUGAAAAAUGGAAGUAGCCGUUGGAAUUCAAAACAAGAAAACAGAUCAACUUCAUAUUCACUAGGGCAGUUCAAGUAUUACUUAGUGCGAGGACCAUCAGUUUCGUCUUUGAACCACAGCAUAGAGCAUCGUCUUCAGCAAGAUGAAGCUUGUCAGCCGAGAUCUUGAGAAAGAUGGUGCUGGGCAAGUGACCCUCGUCCCAGAGGAGUCAGAGGACAUGUGGCAUGCCUACAACCUAGUCCGGGCCGGUGACAGCCUACGGUCCACCACGGUCCGUAAAGUGACCACCGAGUCCUCCACGGGCAGCAGCAGCAGCAACCGUGUCCGCACCAUGCUGACCAUCUCGGUGGAGGUCGUGGACUUUGACGUGCAGGCCUGCGUGCUAAGGGUCAAAGGUCGCAACAUCCAGGAGAACCAGUAUGUCAAGAUGGGAGCCUACCACACGUUAGAUUUAGAACUCAAUCGUAAAUUCACGCUUGCCAAGCAGUUAUGGGAUGUGAUUGACUUGGAAAGAAUAGAAAUGGCCUGUGACAUCGCGCAAACGGCCGACGUGGCUGCGGUCGUCAUGCAAGAGGGGCUGGCCCUCAUCUGCCUGGUCACACCCAGCAUGACAAUGGUACGGGCCAAGAUCGAGCACAACAUACCACGCAAGCGGAAAGGCUCGUGCUCGCAGCAUGACAAGUCCCUGUUGCGCUUCUACGAUGCGGUCAUGCAGGCCAUUCUCAGGCACAUCAACUUUGAUGUUGUGAAGUGUGUGCUGGUAGCAAGCCCAGGCUUUGUUAAGGACCAGUUUUGCGAGUACAUGUUCCAAGAAGCCGUGAAACUGGAGACCAAAGUUCUCCUUGAGAACAAGCCCAAGUUUCUGCAGGUUCACUCCUCCUCCGGACACAAGCACGCUCUCAAAGAGGUAUUAUCCAACCCAGCAGUCACAGCGAGGCUGGCCGACACGAAGGCAGCAGGAGAAGUGAAGGCCCUAGACGCAUUCUAUACCAUGCUGCAGAAUGAACCAGAUAGGGCUUUCUAUGGUAUCAACCAGGUAGAGACAGCCAAUGCUGCCAUGGCCGUUGAGACGUUACUCAUCAGCGAUCAACUCUUCAGAUCACAGAAGAUUGCUGAGAGGCAGCGGUACGUUGCCUUAGUGGAGAGUGUACGAGAGAACGGGGGAGAUGUCAAGAUAUUCUCAAGUCUCCACGUGUCAGGCGAACAACUCACCUUGCUCACCGGAGUGGCGGCCAUAUUGCGCUUCCCCAUGCCAGAUAUCGAAGACAUAGAUAACGACUCCAGCUCAGACGAAGACUGAAACUAUUUAAAGUUCUAUUAGAGAGAUUUUAUCCCGGGUUUUCCGAAACCAAUUGUGUAAAAAAAUAAAAAGAGUUCUGCUAGAGAUUUCAAGGAGACAGACAUGUUUGUCUUGUUCCCUGAAGUAGGGGUAUAGCUGAUAAUGUUAAGCGUUUCAUGAUGUAACAGGUACCAGUCUUUUGGUCAGGCUUUUGCCUCGAGGCCUGUCAGAAACCUGCAAUCAAAGCCAUGGCUUUGUCUGCGGUCAGCUUGAACCCACGUAGUUGUAAUUGGCAAAGUCCAAGUACAGUUUUAAUUGAUGACAACUGACUAGUAGAACUGUGACUUAUUUCUGCACAUUAAUAGCCAUGUGCGAAUGCUCCUUGUCAAGCUAAACUUCUUGGUCUUGCUUCCCUAUUGUGCAUUAUGACACAUGGGGCUUUAGGUGAGCAUGGACUGUCUAGUUCCCAGACCUAUUUGCUUAAAAACUCAAUGAUUCUUGAGUCUUGAGUUCUGAAUGGUUAACUCAACUCAACUGGUGAAAACUGGUGUGCAAAGGAAUAGAUGUUUUCAUCGCCCACAACUAUUGUAACCAGUGAUGCGACUGGCAUUGUAAUCUAGUUCCAAAUAGUCAGCCAGAUGAGUCCAACUCGAGUAUGGUGGUCGACUAGUGUGGACUGAAGCAAAGACAGCCGAAUUAUGGAUAACCAUUGCUGUGGCCUAAACCUGCUUGACAAAAUCUCUGGACAGAAGAUUCGGCUGUGGAUUGGGCUCCAACUAUUCAACUUGACUGUUUUGUAGCUAGGGCUAAUUCGGUGUUGAGAUUGACAUACUACAGUUAAGAUUGUUUAUCGUUAGCGAAUGUCAAAAAUGUCUGUUUCUUUGGAAAUCAUUCCAUGUAGAGUCUCGUUGUAACGGUUCCACCACAGCCUUUUGCUGUCUACCAAGAAGGCUUUGCCUGUGCUGAUUCAUCAUGUCUAUGGCAAAUAGGCACUGUAUGAUCGUUUCUUUCUCAUGACCGGGGGGAAACGAUAACUCACGGAAUCACUUCGGCUGACUUGGUCAUUUUGAAACAGAAUUUUUUACACACUUGGAGAAUUUUUAAAAUAUAUCUGGUCGUCUUUUUUAAGGAAAAAGCAGGGAAAUUUAAAAAACUUCCUUACAACUAUCAAAGGAUCUGUAUAUAGACAAACAUUACUCAAACUGUGCGCAGUAAUUCACCCAAAGUUACAAGCAGUGAUUUACCCAACGUUGCACCAAGUAGUGCUAUUUAUUGGAAGAUAAAAAAAAAGAAGCUUGCUACCUUUGCAGUACUCACAUGCUGCACUGAUGAUUAUGAAGAUAGUUGUACAAAUAUAAAUGCAAAAUGCAGCAGAGGCCAUUUAACAUUAUAUCCAGGUUUGUAAAAUGUAUCGUGAGUAAUUUAUGAAAUAAAAUUUAUUGUUCAGUAUAUUUAA